AUGGCUACCACAGAGAAAGAGAAUGGAAAGCUAGGCAGCGCCAAAUGGCUGCAGCCCUACUUGGAAUCCCUCAACCCCGAAACAGAAUGGGAGGAGAUUGUUCGCACUCUGGCAAACUAUACGCUCAACGAAUUCAUUCUUAAUAUCAGUUACGUCAGCAAUUUCAUACUCGUCAUUCAAGAGCCUCUGGGAAGUGAGGCAUUGGUCCAUACCGAAAAGGUCUUCGACCGGAAACAGGAAAGAUUCGUGGACUCCGUGCGAUAUUUCACCCCUUGGUUUAUCGAUGGCCCAAGCUCGGAAAGGGUCAGGAAAUCCAUAUCGAGUUUGAACAACACGCAUAUGAGGAUUGCAAAGCGAUUACCAGGGAGGUGGGACCAUGACGACGAUUUCAUUAUGCCAUGUGUGCAGAUGGCCCUAUUCGGACACAACAUGAAGCAGAGGUUGGGUGUCCCGGUCGAUUCACCACAUAUCCAAGCUGCCUGGCAUCGCUGGUGUAAGGAGAUUUUUAAUCUCUUUCUGAAGGAAAGUGGGCCAGUGGCGGGGUUCCCCGAAGAUUUCCAAGGCAUGGUUGAGUACUCGAAUUGGUUCAACCGUCGCUCAUUCAAGUCCACGGAAAAAGGCCACUUGGCGUCUGUCGCUUUGAUUCAACAAUUCUGUGAGCGGUGGUUUCCGAGGCCGCUACAUUUUGUUGGAUACGAAAUCAUCAUCACAUUUUUGCCGGACGAGACUAUUGACCGGCACCGCCUUGGGCCGCGCAAGAAAUGGCUGGAAUUCCUUAUCAUGCUGAUUUUUCGCAUUAUGUUCUGGCUGCAGGCCGUGCUACCGGAUCCCAAAAAACCUUGCUAUCCAUACAUGGAUAGUCGAUCUGCGAAGCGGGUCACGAAACUGAAAACGACGUUAACAGCUAUUCUGAGCAUAGUGGCUCUACAACUUAUCUCCCGAGGGUAUGGAGGAUACUGUAGGCUGCAGGAGGCUUUACCGCCUCUGUCUCGGCUGCUGCAAGUGCCAUGGUUGGAUGCUCAGCGAAAAGCGGACAGCCUGCGCAGACACCCACGGAGAAUGAAUGCAGGCGACAUAACUUCGAGAACAACACUGGGAAGACAUUGUGAACUCCAGGCUAUUUGCAUGAAACGGCCUUCGAUUGAAUUGCUGUCCAGCUACUCGUCAGACACAGGGGAUGGCCAAUACGUGAUUCGCAUAUGCGAGAACCGUUCCCCAGCUAACUAUUUCCAGUCUGAGCCCAGGAACGAAUGUGUAAGGCUUCACUGA